AUGACCGCCAUAGAAUCUCCCAAACCCGACAUUAACGGAGACCCUCCGCCUCGCCGCUCCCUGAUUGGGACGUACCCCAAUCACUGGCUCCAUUCAUCAUCACCACCAAGCUUCGACCUGACCCGUCCUUCACCUCCCGAAUAUGCUCUCCCAUCCCCAAAAGACUCCAUCUCCCUAUCGACGACCACGACACCAAUUGUCAUCUCACCCUCAAAAACCGCACUCGUGAUAAUCGACAUGCAGAACUUCUUUCUCUCUUUAUAUCUGGGUCGACCGGCUGAUGGUGCUGGGAACAAUGCAAAAAGGCGAUUGCUUGACACUGCAAUACCAGCCGCAAGGAAGGCGGGGAUACAGAUCAUCUGGCUCAAUUGGGGUCUAACUGACGAAGACAUUGAAAAUAUGCCGCCAAGUACACGGAGGGCGUUUGGUUUCGAGGCUACUCUUGAAGGGCAGGGCAAAAACAAGUCCCUGCCGGCCAUUGACGCUCAUGGUGUAAAUCAGGCCGCCGCGGACCAUUUUAUGCAAGACAAGAACGGGGUGCUGGAGGAGAAAGAAUUGACCGAGAACGGGAAGCCGAAGAGGAUAUACAAGGGACUAGGUAGCGAGGUCGGCCCUGUGAGCAUAGAAGAUGGCAAAGUUGUAGACGCGGGAAGGCUUUUGAUGAGAGACACGUGGAACGCAGCAUUGCCACCGGCUUUGGAUGCAGCCUACAAGGAAGGACAAGUGCUGAAGGAGAAACCCGAUGUGUGGAUCCACAAAAAUCGAAUGUCUGGCCUUUGGGGUUCUUCGACGCCGUGCACAGAGUUCCUCGAGCAAGCUGGCAUUAGCACAUUGGUAUUUGCAGGGGUCAAUACCGAUCAAUGCGUGGCAGGAAGCCUUCAGGAUGCAUUUACGAAAGGGUGGGAUUGUAUUCUUUUAAAGGACGCGUGCGGCACGACCAGCCCAGAUUCUGCAAGGGAGUGUAUAGAGUUCAACAGUGCGCGGACCUGGGGCUUUGUCACGGUUUGUAAUGGUCUAGAGAAGGGCGUUCAGGCGAUGUUGGAAGCUCAGUAG